GCGCGCCUGCCACCACCCCUGGCUCGGCCCCGCUCCCGGGCUCUCGCCGCGCCCCCGCCGCGGCCUCUUGCAGAGAGGCCUGAGAGGCUGGGACUCUGAGCCGCUUGCCCGAGUUCUGAGUGGGACCAGUAAUUACCCUUUCCCGAGGGCGUGUUGCUGGUCGCCGCAGGCCGGCCGGUGGCUGGUGCCGCCGUUUUAUCUGCUCCAAAGUGCGCUGAGCCGGAGCGGGCCAGUACUGCCCCGCUUUUGUGUUUUCUGACAUUCCCACUCCCACCCUUGUUACAGCCUCGAAGGAGAUCGAGGCUAAGCGCCUGGGCCCAAGGACGGCGAGCGGGGGUGGCCUCUCGAAGCCGGGUCUUGCAGUGCCGCUCGUGGAUUAAUCAGACUGCCUGAAUGGUUUAAGGGUACACUGGGUACGUUUGAUUCAGAUGCUCCUGGAACGUCGAAAUUAUCAUCUUUGGAAAGAACCAUCCCCUCUUUGGGCUUCAGGGGCCCAGAUUGAGGCGCGAUGAUGAGAGGAUGUGGUGGUCCAUUCUGAUGUCAAUCUUGAGGGCUAGUUCUUUUUGGAAGUGGAUAUCUGCUCAGACAAUAAGAAUUAUAAGAGCUCUGAGAACUCAUUUUGAAGGAACAAUGGAUGAACCUUCUUCCUUGGCCAAACCUCUGGAGCUGAACCAGCACUCCCGAUUCAUAAUUGGCUCCGUGUCUGAAGAUAACUCGGAGGAUGAGAUUAGCAGCCUGGUCAAGCUUGACCUGCUGGAGGAGAAGGAAGGCUCUCUGUCACCAGCCUCAGUCAGCUCAGACACGCUCUCCGACUUGGGGGUCUCGAGCCUCCAGGAUGGUUUGGCCUUACACAUGAGAUCCAGCAUGUCUGGCUUGCACCUAGUCAAGCAAGGUCGAGACCGGAAGAAAAUGGACUCACAGCGAGAUUUCACUGUGGCCUCUCCAGCGGAAUUUGUUACUCGUUUUGGUGGGAAUAAAGUGAUUGAGAAGGUUCUCAUUGCCAACAAUGGCAUUGCAGCUGUGAAAUGCAUGAGGUCCAUCCGCCGGUGGUCUUAUGAGAUGUUUCGAAAUGAACGUGCAAUCCGAUUUGUUGUCAUGGUCACACCUGAAGACCUGAAAGCCAAUGCAGAAUACAUCAAGAUGGCAGAUCACUAUGUGCCUGUGCCAGGAGGCCCCAACAACAACAACUAUGCAAAUGUGGAGUUAAUUCUUGACAUUGCUAAAAGGAUCCCGGUACAAGCAGUUUGGGCCGGCUGGGGUCAUGCUUCUGAGAAUCCCAAGCUCCCAGAACUUCUUUUGAAAAAUGGCAUUGCCUUCAUGGGUCCUCCAAGCCAAGCCAUGUGGGCUUUGGGGGAUAAGAUUGCAUCUUCCAUAGUGGCUCAAACUGCUGGUAUCCCAACUCUUCCAUGGAGUGGCAGUGGUCUUUGUGUGGACUGGCACGAAAAUGAUUUUUCAAAACGAAUUUUAAACGUUCCUCAGGAACUAUAUGAAAAAGGUUAUGUGAAGGAUGUGGAUGAUGGGCUGAAGGCAGCGGAGGAAGUUGGAUAUCCAGUAAUGAUCAAGGCCUCAGAAGGAGGAGGAGGGAAGGGAAUCAGAAAAGUCAACAAUGCAGAUGAUUUCCCUAACCUCUUCAGACAGGUUCAAGCUGAAGUUCCUGGAUCUCCUAUCUUUGUGAUGAGACUAGCCAAACAGUCUCGUCAUCUGGAGGUGCAGAUCUUAGCGGAUCAGUAUGGCAACGCCAUCUCUCUGUUCGGUCGUGAUUGCUCUGUGCAGCGCCGGCAUCAGAAGAUUAUUGAAGAAGCUCCUGCUGCUAUUGCUACUCCAGCAGUAUUUGAACAUAUGGAACAGUGUGCGGUGAAACUUGCCAGGAUGGUUGGUUAUGUGAGUGCGGGAACUGUGGAAUACCUCUACAGCCAGGAUGGCAGCUUCUACUUUCUGGAACUGAACCCUCGGCUCCAGGUGGAGCACCCCUGUACAGAGAUGGUGGCCGACGUCAACCUCCCUGCCGCGCAGCUCCAGAUUGCCAUGGGGAUCCCUCUGUACAGAAUCAAGGAUAUCCGUAUGAUGUACGGGGUUUCUCCCUGGGGCGAUGCUCCCAUUGAUUUUGAAAAUUCGGCUCACGUUCCUUGCCCGAGGGGCCAUGUUAUUGCUGCUCGUAUCACUAGUGAAAAUCCAGAUGAGGGUUUUAAGCCCAGCUCAGGAACAGUUCAAGAGCUGAAUUUUCGCAGCAAUAAGAAUGUUUGGGGUUAUUUCAGUGUUGCUGCUGCAGGCGGGCUUCAUGAAUUUGCUGAUUCUCAGUUUGGUCACUGCUUUUCCUGGGGAGAAAACCGAGAGGAAGCAAUUUCAAACAUGGUGGUGGCUUUGAAGGAGCUAUCUAUCCGGGGCGACUUUCGAACCACAGUCGAAUACCUGAUCAAAUUGUUGGAGACUGAAAGCUUUCAGUUGAACAGAAUCGACACUGGCUGGCUGGACAGACUGAUAGCAGAAAAAGUACAGGCAGAGCGACCUGACACCAUGCUGGGAGUUGUCUGUGGGGCUCUCCACGUGGCAGACGUGAGCCUGCGGAAUAGCAUCUCCAACUUCCUUCACUCCUUAGAGAGGGGCCAAGUCCUCUCUGCACAUACACUUCUGAAUACAGUAGACGUUGAACUCAUCUACGAGGGAGUCAAGUACGUACUGAAGGUGACUCGACAGUCCCCAAACUCCUACGUGGUGAUCAUGAACGGCUCGUGUGUGGAAGUAGACGUGCAUCGGCUGAGCGACGGUGGACUGCUCCUGUCCUAUGACGGCAGCAGUUACACCACGUACAUGAAGGAGGAGGUGGAUAGGUAUCGCAUCACAAUUGGCAAUAAAACUUGUGUGUUUGAGAAGGAAAACGACCCUUCAGUGCUGCGCUCACCCUCUGCUGGGAAGUUAAUCCAGUACAUUGUGGAGGAUGGAGGCCAUGUGUUUGCUGGCCAGUGCUAUGCCGAGAUCGAGGUGAUGAAGAUGGUAAUGACCUUAACAGCCGCAGAGUCUGGCUGUAUCCAUUACGUCAAGCGGCCUGGAGCAGCUCUUGACCCGGGCUGUGUAAUAGCCAAAAUGCAACUGGACAACCCCAGCAAGGUCCAGCAGGCUGAGCUUCACACAGGCAGUCUGCCACAGAUCCAGAGCACAGCGCUCAGAGGCGAGAAGCUCCAUCGAGUGUUCCACUAUGUCCUGGAUAAUCUGGUCAACGUGAUGAACGGAUACUGCCUUCCAGAUCCUUUCUUUAGCAGCAGGGUGAAAGACUGGGUUGAACGGUUGAUGAAGACCCUCAGAGACCCCUCCUUGCCUCUCCUAGAAUUGCAGGAUAUCAUGACCAGUGUCUCUGGUCGUAUCCCACCCAAUGUGGAGAAGUCUAUCAAGAAGGAGAUGGCUCAGUAUGCCAGCAACAUCACAUCCGUCCUCUGUCAGUUUCCCAGCCAGCAGAUUGCCAACAUCCUAGAUAGCCACGCAGCCACACUGAACCGGAAAUCUGAACGGGAAGUCUUCUUCAUGAACACUCAGAGCAUCGUCCAGCUGGUACAGAGGUACCGCAGUGGCAUCCGAGGACACAUGAAGGCUGUGGUGAUGGACCUGCUGCGGCAGUACCUGCGAGUAGAGACACAGUUCCAGAACGGUCACUAUGACAAAUGUGUGUUCGCCCUCCGGGAGGAGAACAAAAGUGAUAUGAACACUGUACUGAACUACAUCUUCUCUCAUGCUCAAGUCACCAAGAAGAAUCUUCUGGUCACCAUGCUUAUCGAUCAGCUGUGUGGCCGGGACCCCACCCUCACUGAUGAGCUGCUGAAUAUCCUCACAGAGCUAACUCAACUCAGCAAGACCACCAACGCAAAGGUGGCGCUGCGAGCGCGCCAGGUUCUUAUUGCUUCCCAUUUGCCAUCAUAUGAGCUUCGCCACAACCAAGUUGAGUCUAUCUUCCUAUCAGCCAUUGACAUGUACGGACAUCAGUUUUGCAUCGAGAACCUGCAGAAACUCAUCUUGUCUGAAACGUCAAUUUUUGAUGUCCUACCAAACUUCUUCUAUCACAGCAACCAGGUCGUGAGGAUGGCAGCUCUGGAGGUGUAUGUUCGAAGGGCUUAUAUAGCCUAUGAACUUAAUAGCGUACAACACCGGCAGCUGAAGGACAACACCUGCGUGGUGGAAUUCCAGUUCAUGCUGCCCACAUCGCAUCCAAACAGAGGGAACAUCCCCACGCUAAACAGAAUGUCCUUCUCCUCCAACCUCAACCACUACGGCAUGACUCACGUAGCCAGUGUCAGCGACGUGCUGCUGGACAACGCGUUCACUCCGCCAUGUCAGCGGAUGGGCGGGAUGGUCUCUUUUCGGACCUUUGAAGAUUUUGUCAGGAUCUUUGAUGAAGUGAUGGGCUGCUUCUGUGAUUCCCCACCCCAAAGCCCGACAUUCCCUGAGGCAGGUCACACAUCUCUGUAUGACGAAGACAAGGUCCCCAGGGAUGAACCAAUUCACAUUUUGAAUGUGGCUAUCAAAACAGACUGCGACAUCGAGGAUGACAGUCUAGCAGCUAUGUUCCGAGAGUUUACCCAGCAAAAUAAAGCUACCCUGGUUGAACAUGGGAUCCGACGCCUUACUUUCUUGGUUGCACAAAAGGAUUUCAGGAAACAGGUCAACUAUGAAGUGGAUCAGAGAUUUCAUAGAGAAUUUCCUAAAUUUUUCACAUUCCGAGCAAGGGAUAAGUUUGAGGAAGAUCGUAUCUAUCGUCACCUGGAGCCUGCCCUAGCUUUCCAGUUAGAGCUGAACCGGAUGAGAAAUUUUGACCUUACUGCCAUCCCAUGUGCCAAUCACAAGAUGCACUUGUAUCUCGGGGCAGCCAAGGUGGAAGUGGGUACAGAAGUGACAGACUACAGGUUCUUUGUUCGUGCAAUCAUCAGGCAUUCUGAUCUGGUCACCAAGGAAGCUUCCUUUGAGUAUCUACAAAAUGAAGGGGAGCGACUCCUCCUGGAAGCCAUGGAUGAGUUGGAAGUCGCCUUUAACAAUACAAAUGUCCGAACUGACUGCAACCACAUCUUCCUCAACUUUGUUCCUACAGUCAUCAUGGACCCAUCAAAGAUUGAGGAGUCCGUGCGGAGCAUGGUGAUGCGCUAUGGAAGUCGGCUGUGGAAACUGCGUGUCCUCCAGGCAGAACUGAAAAUCAACAUUCGCCUGACACCAACUGGAAAAGCAAUCCCCAUCCGCCUCUUCCUGACGAACGAGUCUGGCUAUUACCUGGACAUCAGCCUGUACAAGGAAGUGACUGAUUCCAGGACAGCACAGAUCAUGUUUCAGGCAUAUGGAGACAAACAGGGACCAUUACAUGGAAUGUUAAUCAACACUCCGUACGUGACCAAAGACCUGCUUCAAUCCAAGAGGUUCCAGGCACAGUCCUUAGGGACAACAUACAUAUAUGACAUCCCAGAGAUGUUUCGGCAGUCCCUGAUCAAACUCUGGGAAUCUAUGUCCUCUCAAGCAUUCCUUCCACCGCCCCCUCUGCCUUCAGACAUACUGACUUACACUGAGCUUGUGUUGGAUGAUCAAGGUCAACUGGUUCACAUGAACAGGCUUCCAGGAGGAAAUGAGAUUGGCAUGGUAGCUUGGAAAAUGACCCUUAAGAGUCCAGAAUAUCCAGAUGGCCGAGAUAUCAUUGUUAUUGGCAAUGACAUCACUUAUCGAAUUGGGUCCUUUGGACCCCAAGAGGAUUGGCUGUUUCUCAGAGCUUCUGAACUUGCCAGGGCAGAGGGCAUCCCACGCAUCUAUGUAGCAGCCAACAGUGGAGCAAGAAUUGGACUGGCAGAGGAAAUUCGUCAUAUGUUUCACGUGGCCUGGGUAGAUCCUGAGGAUCCUUACAAGGGAUACAAAUAUUUAUAUCUGACCCCUCAAGAUUACAAGAGAGUCAGUGCUCUCAACUCUGUCCAUUGUGAACAUGUGGAAGAUGAAGGAGAAUCCAGGUACAAGAUAACUGACAUCAUUGGGAAGGAAGAAGGACUUGGAGCAGAGAACCUUCGAGGUUCUGGAAUGAUUGCUGGGGAAUCCUCGUUGGCCUACGACGAGAUCAUCACCAUCAGCCUGGUUACAUGCAGGGCCAUUGGGAUUGGGGCUUACCUUGUCCGACUGGGACAGAGAACCAUCCAGGUCGAAAAUUCUCACUUAAUCCUGACAGGAGCUGGGGCCCUCAACAAAGUCCUCGGGAGGGAAGUAUACACCUCGAACAACCAGCUGGGGGGCAUCCAGAUCAUGCACAACAAUGGGGUGACGCACAGCACCGUCUGUGAUGACUUUGAGGGGGUGUUCACCGUCCUGCACUGGCUGUCUUACAUGCCGAAGAGUGUAUACAGUUCAGUUCCUCUCCUGAAUUCCAAGGAUCCGAUAGACAGAGUCAUCGAGUUUGUGCCCACGAAGGCGCCGUAUGACCCUCGGUGGAUGCUGGCAGGCCGGCCUCACCCAACCCAGAAAGGUCAGUGGUUGAGUGGAUUUUUUGACUAUGGCUCUUUCUCAGAGAUCAUGCAACCGUGGGCACAGACUGUGGUGGUUGGCAGAGCCAGGCUAGGAGGAAUACCCGUGGGAGUAGUUGCCGUAGAAACCCGAACAGUGGAGCUGAGUAUCCCGGCUGAUCCUGCAAACCUGGAUUCUGAAGCCAAGAUUAUCCAGCAGGCUGGCCAGGUUUGGUUCCCAGACUCCGCGUUUAAGACGUAUCAGGCCAUCAAGGACUUCAACCGUGAAGGGCUGCCUCUGAUGGUCUUUGCCAACUGGAGAGGCUUCUCCGGUGGGAUGAAAGAUAUGUACGACCAAGUGCUGAAGUUUGGCGCUUACAUUGUGGAUGGCUUACGGGAGUGCUCGCAGCCCGUGAUGGUCUACAUCCCUCCACAGGCUGAGCUCCGAGGUGGCUCCUGGGUGGUCAUUGACCCCACCAUCAACCCGCGGCACAUGGAGAUGUACGCGGACCGAGAGAGCAGGGGAUCCGUCCUGGAGCCAGAAGGGACAGUAGAAAUCAAAUUCCGCAGAAAGGAUCUGGUGAAAACCAUGCGUCGGGUGGACCCAGUCUACAUCCACUUGGCUGAGCGAUUGGGCACCCCCGAGCUCAGUGCGGCCGAGCGGAAGGAGCUGGAGAGCAAGCUGAAGGAGCGGGAGGAGUUCCUCCUUCCCAUCUACCACCAGGUGGCCGUGCAGUUUGCGGACUUGCACGACACCCCGGGCCGCAUGCAGGAGAAGGGAGUCAUUAACGACAUCCUGGAUUGGAAGACUUCACGCACCUUCUUCUACUGGCGGCUGAGGCGUCUGUUGCUGGAGGACCUGGUCAAGAAGAAAAUCCACAACGCCAACCCCGAGCUGACCGAUGGCCAGAUCCAGGCCAUGUUAAGGCGCUGGUUUGUGGAGGUGGAGGGAACCGUGAAGGCCUAUGUUUGGGACAACAACAAGGAUCUGGUGGAGUGGCUGGAGAAACAGCUGACAGAGGAAGACGGCGUCCGCUCAGUGAUCGAGGAGAACAUCAAGUACAUCAGCAGAGACUACGUCCUCAAGCAGAUCCGCAGCUUGGUCCAGGCCAACCCAGAGGUCGCCAUGGAUUCCAUCGUCCAUAUGACGCAGCACAUCUCACCCACCCAGCGGGCAGAAGUCGUUCGGAUCCUCUCGACGAUGGACUCGCCGUCCACGUAGGAAGAACUGCCUGCCCACCCCCGCCCUGCCUCUGAAGCCGAGGGCCAGAGCGGCCCAUCACACCCGAAACCACCGCGAUGAGCAGGCACAGGAGACCAGCGCUGGAGUCAAGUGGCUUUUUGCUUCCCCUCGAUGUGUUCCGGUUCCGCAUGACACGUUGGGCCGCGGGCCACAGCACCCCGUUCAGUAUUUAUUACCCUGGCUGUGGCCGCAGCCCCCUCUCCCCACCCCGAACCUAAAAGGCAAUGACGGGUACAGCACGUACCACGAGGUCUUCCUACACCCAAGCAGGGUCGUCCUGGCCGCCCCGGCCCGCGCUCGGAGGCAGGGUGGUCGGCAGGCGGCAGCGUGCGCUCGCCCCUGGCCCCGUGAGCCUGCGGCCACUGGCGCAGAGGAGGGCCGGGAGCAGGAGCGGGAAGGGGGAUCCUCACGCUGCUGUGUCUCCACCCCGCACCUGGCUGGGCACACGCCGUCUCCUCGCACUGAGGCGCUGCGUAGGAAGGAAAAUCAGAAUGUGAGGUCUGCGGGUCCGUGGAACUCAAAGGCGGCAAAACCGUGAUCCGAGAAGCAGAGAAAGCAGAGAGACCAAGAAUGUUGCUGGUUUCGGGGCCCCUGCCUGGGUCCCCUUCUCUGAGAACAGCCUCGGGGAGGUUGACCUGCCGCGGCCCCAGGGGCCACCCCGUGGCCAGCUGAGAUGCCCGGGGCCCCACUGGCGGCGUCGUGGUCCAAGCUGGCAGAGGGGGAGCCGGGGAGCUCCUCUCCUGUCCCUGACGGAAACCAGGCAUUGAGCCGCGGCGAAGGCGGGCCGGCCAGCCUCUCUGUAGGACGCGGAAGGCUGGCAGCAUCCAGCCUGGCGCUGACAGUCACGGGGUGAGGAGUACCUUCAGGGCCAGCCUCUGUUCCUGGCUCCUCCCUUCCAGCAGCAGACGCUCCUGCUCGCUCUGGGUCUCCUCUCCCCUUUGAACGCACAGGCAGCGCGUGCAGCCGCUGACAUCGGAGCCCUUGGCUCCAGGAACUGGCCUUCCCCGCCGUGGGGGGGCUUCCAGGGAACACAGGACCCACGUGACCUUAAGCUUAUCUACGACCCCUCAUGGUGCUGCUGUCUUCCGGGCUCACAGGCCCCUCCCCGGCCAGCGGCAGGGGCCUGCUCAUGGGCGAUGGAGAGUUUAUUCUCAACCACCAGUUUAUUCAAGGAAAGAGCUUCCCGAUUCCCCCGCUGGUGUUCCUACAGCAAGAGUGGCAGGUGAGCAGGGCUGGGCUAGCAUCCGGUUCCUGCAGCGCAGCUAAUUGCAUUUGUCGCUGGUGACCAAGGAGGAACUCGCUAAGACGUCUGAGAAGCAGGGGUAUGAACGCUUUCGUACCUGCUCCAGUUUUGAGCCUUAACCCUCCAGUUCACGCACAAUUUGAGAGCCCCUCUCCCUGUCCCCGGGAACCGCCUGUGCAGAAGGGCCCCGUGGGGCUGGGCGUGUGGCCGUCUGGCCCUGGAGCCUCAGCCCAGGGACUCUGCUACGGGGUUCAGUGCCAUCCUGGCCCGGAAGGGCAGGAGACAGUGGGGACGAUGUUCGGUCCAGGAAGAAUGUCCACCGUGGCUGGUGUCUGCUUACCCAGCAAGAAUUGGAUCCAUCUUUGACCAGAUUAUCCCUCUACACUUUUCUACAAUAAAUAAAAUGCCACACGCCUA